GAUAUGCCCACCCGGUCGGGUCCUCUCCUUCCUCCUCCCCGGCCAGAGCUCAGAGACACCAAAGCCAAAGGCACCACCACCGGCGUCCUGCGGCCCCCAUCACCGCUCCCCAACCCCUGUGCUAAGGGAUCCCGGUGGCGAACGCCGGAGCUGCUGGUUGAGCGUCGACUAGGAACGGUAACGCCAGCUCUGCCCGUGGUCGGGAACGGUGUUCCUUCUCACGCGAGGGAGAUAGGGCAUCGGUGCCGUGUUGGGAUUCAUGGGCUCCCGCACCUCGCCUCCUCACGACUAUCUUCACAUGCAUGUUGAGCAACUAAGGAGGCGACAUCAGUCAUUAUCAGAAUUGACUUUUGCAAGGGAUGAAGAUGCAAAACUUGAGACCACAAGGGCAAGGCUGUCAAACAUCCUCAAAAGGCAUGAAGACUUGAAAGAGCGCCUUUCACGGGAUUCUGAUAAGCUGAUUUUUGAGCGUCUGCAGAAAGAAUUUGAGGCUGCUCGAGCUGCUCAAACUGAAGAAAUUUCAAUAGAUGAUGAUGAUUGGAAUGAUGGUUUGCUAGCUACCAUCCGUGAGAAGGUCCAUAUGGAGGCUGACAGGAAGGCCAUGGCUAACCAAGUAAAUGUUCCAGCAGAUCUUCCAUUUCAAUCAAAGACUACAUAUAGGAUUAGAAAUAAGGUUAUCUAUUGCUUGGAUGGAGCGAGAAUUGGCAUACAGUAUGAGACAUUCUUUGCUGGUGAGCCUUGUGAAAUAUUUCAUUGUGUUUUGGAAAGCAAGUCAUUCCUGGAAAAGAUGACUGUGAUUGAGCACACCUUACCUUUCUUUCUGCCCAUACGCGAAUUGGAAAGUGAUCUCCUGUCAUCUAAUGCCAUUAAAUUUAUUGAUCACCUUGAAGAAAUUUUACAGGCUUAUAUUGACAGGAGAGAACAGGUUCGGCUUAUCAAGGAGCUCUAUGGGAACCAAAUUGGCGAACUGUUCCACAGUCUUCCUUACAAUGUGAUAGAGUUUGUCUUGGAGGAUUUUGAGUGCAAGAUUACAGUCAGUAUCCGAUAUUCAGAUCUACUUCUGACCCUGCCGAGUCAGGCAAGGGUCUUGGCUUGGCCACUUCGCUCGUCCAAGAGAAUAUCCACACGAAGCAGCAGUGCGUCAGCUGCACAGCCGGUACCAUUUCACCUUUCAUACGCUGAGGAAGCACUCAAGACAUUGUGUCUACCAGAAGCUUACGCGGACAUUGUGCUGGACCUACCCCAUGCUCUCAAGAGGAUUCUCACCUCUCAGGACAGUGACUGAAUCAUGCGUAGGGGAUGCUAAUGAAAUUAAGGAUUUCAGACUACAAACAUGGAACUGGUGUUGAAGAUGUUCGGAAUCUUGUAAAAGUAUAGGCUCUAGUUGCUGGAUUGCGAUUUGGGUGGAAGGAAGGCAUACACGUUUGCUCCUUUUUUUUUUUGAAGAAACAUACACGUUUGCUCCUUCGACCGCUCAAAAUAUUCCAGCUGCUAUAAAAGCAGAUAUUGUAGUCAACAUACAAUUUUAUCAAUUGUUCUCACAGAUGCAUACGUCUAUGAAACAUGCGUAA